AUGGACUACGACCUUGAGAAGAACCCAUUUGAAGCAGCGCAUGAGUCCGGCGGCAGUGACUAUCCUCCUCCGGCCAGAAAAGCUGCCCAAAAGGAAAACCUGAGCGUCGGCCAGAGUCACUCGCGAGUUACCUCGGCUACUUCGGCAGCUUCAGCAACCUCGAAUGGAAGCGAGGCAUUCAGCGACCAGCCUCUGAACGAUCCACCGCCUUAUGGUAGCGCGGAGCCCAAGGCGACGACAUGGACCAUAUGGGGGAGCUCCACAAACAAGAUAGUCCCUGGGAACAAAAGUGCUCAGGCCGAGAUGACUCCCGAGCAGCGAAAUUUGCUGUCAAAAGAAGCAGAGCUCCGACGAAAGGAAGACGAGCUGAAGGCACGCGAAGCCAGACUUGCUCAGACUACUGCUCAGCUGCAGGCUGGGAUCUCGGCCGUCAGCCGCCAACCCAACUUCCCGCCGUGCUGGCCGAUGAUGUACCACAACAUCCAGAUCGAUAUCCCUGCUGGGAAGGCUCGCGGCAUCAUGAUCUGGCUGUAUCGCUCGUGGCUCUCGCUCUUUGGCGUCCUCGUCGUCAACUCGAUUGCAUGCUUCUCGAUCCUGGUCUCCCAUCCGACCGGCGUCACCACCGGAGCGACCGACUUUGGUGUGAGCUUGAUGUACCUCUUCACCAUCAGCAUUGGCUCGUUCUUCUUCUGGUACAAGCCGGUGUAUCGUGCCUACGAGAGGAGCAGCUCGUUUUCGUUCUAUUUGUACUUUGCCUUCAACGGUCUGCACAUCAUCUACUGCUUUUACAUGGCGGUCGGAAUGCCUGGAUCCGGGUCGGGCGGACUCAUCAACAUGAUCUCAAUGUAUACGGACGACAAAAUCGCCAGCGGCGUCCUGUGCAGCAUCAACUCGGCCCUCUGGCUCGCCUCUGGUUUAUUUUCGGUAUAUCUCUAUCGCCUCAGCCAUCUAUUUUAUCGAACAGCUGGUCUCACAGCCGAUGAUGCCCGCAACGAGGCCGUUCAGCGUGUCGCUGCCAGCGGCGCCGUCAAGCAGGGUGUCGCCGCAUACAUGAAAUCGCAGACUGGCAGCUUUGCUUGAGACAUUCGGCUCCACACGACCUGACGGAGGAGCCCGCAGACUUGAUAGCGCCGUUGGGACUUGGGAUUUGAACAAAUUUUGUGAUACGCUGAAGUGCAGUGCUUUGAAUAUUCGUCUUGAAAUGUCAUGCCGCUAGAGUGUGGAUGUGGAGAGCAAUGCUCAAGCCAGCUGUUGCAUUGCGGCUGCCGUUAGAAUGGAAAUAACAGUCACGACAAAAAGUCGAUAUCCACCGACG